CCUGGGAAGAUCAAAAAUCAUGUUCAACCUGUUCCCGAAACCCAACAAGGGACAACCGGUGGCUACGGCUGGACUGCUGCUCCAAGGCUACAAGAUUACCGACGUCGCGAGGAGCCGCAAAUACGGUGUGGCGGCCGACUCGCUUCGGAUGCUUCGGGCCAAGGCGUCGGAAAAAUUCAAGAUCGCCGAGUGUCGCGUGUACCUCGCACAAGAUGGGGUCGAGGUGAUGGACGAGGACUAUUUUCGCACACUACCAGCCCAAACUUUGCUGGUGAUCGCCGACAAGGACGCGAUCGUGCAAACGGAUUUCGAACUGAUGUACAAUGCCAUCAGAACAACUCACACUGAUCUUCUGAACGCGGGUGAGCUGGCCAAACAAUUCGUUGCCAAUAAUAAGCCGGAGAUCUCGAAAAUCCUGGUCGAUGCCCAGCGGGGACGCGAUGACCUGAUUCGACGCAGCUCCCGCCAGGACCACGAGCAAUGGUUUGAAGGAAUUGACGACCGUGUUGUGGUGACAAAGGAAGAAGUGAUGAAGCGGCGCGGCCAAGACCGGGUGCGUGGAUACUUUUACAAAACCAAGGAUGAGCUAACGAAGUGUGCUCUGUACCGCGCGAAUCCACUGGCACGCGAAGUGAUCGACGAAAUGAUUGAACUGUUCCGUCAACUUUUGGCCGGUUUCGACUACUUUAGCUGCAUGUUUGACCGCAGCUGCCAACAGCGGGUCACCGUUGAGGAGAAACCAACGGAUGGUGACCAUCACAAUUCGUCAGCAGAUGAAACGGACGCACAGCUUCGAAUCCCACCGAAACGGCUGAAGCUGUUAGUCCAACGUUCGCUGGGCCAAGAUUGCUGGAUCGAGCAGUACAAAUUGGCGUUGUGCAGCGAACUAGGCGAUUUUUCGUGUAUGGGACUGUGGGAGGACAAGUGGUGUCGGUACGGCAGCCACCGUAUCAAUCCGUAUGCCAGCCGGGAGAAUUUGAUAUUGUUUCAGGUGUGGAAUCUCGACCACCAGAUCGAAAUAAGCCGGACCAUACUGCCCUCGAUUCUGCACAACGUUGAACGGAUCGUCUCCCGCGGCAAAGGUGAGGCUAUGUGCAAGCGGCAUCGGCGCAAGGGCAAAAAACUUUCUGUGAUAACGUACUUUCUGGAACUGUUCACACUCCGAAACCUCAAGCUGGUGCACAUCGUGUGCCACGAUAAGGGCACUCACGAUCUCAUCUCGAACGGUACGAUAAUUUGUGAUCGGUGCGAGGAGUAUCAGUAUAUUAAGCAAUUCCAGCUUAGGCUACGCUCAAACGAAGAUGCUUUACUGUAAAGUGGCCGCUGCGAUUUCCUCGGAGAAGUGCAACGUUAAGCAAAUAUUUAAGCCAAUCUAUACUCACAAUAAAAGCACAUACAAUGUGCUCGCCAAUGUGUUCGCUAUUUAAGAAAUGACGUUAGUAUUAACUGCUAGCUGUAGAAACCCACUACCA